AUGUCUCUCAAUCACGACCCAAAGACCAAAAACCGCGGGGGAUCAAUUCGCGAAAAGCUCAAGAUGGGUAGCACAAAGAGCCCCGCAAAAAGUGUACGCGACGAAGAGAACGGACGAGUCAAGCUUGUCCCCAUACCGCAGCCCUCCAAGGCUCCUUUUGUGGGCAACCUUCCUGAUCUCGAUGUCAAGUUCCCGCUCGACUCUAUGGUCAAUUUGGCCAACAAAUAUGGUCCCAUCUACAAGCUCGACUUGCCCGGCCUUGAGCUUGUGACUGUGUCGGACUGGGACUUGGUGCACGAAGUUUGCGACGAUUCACGGUUUAAAAAGUCCAUCAAGGGAGAUUUGGAGGAAUUGAGAAACGCCGUCCACGAUGGACUUUUUACAUCCUCUGGAGAAGACGAAGAGAACUGGGGCAUCGCGCACCGCAUCCUCAUGACGGCUUUUGGACCCUUGUCGAUCAGGAACAUGUUUGACGAGAUGCACGAGGUGGCCAGCCAACUGGCGCUGAAAUGGGCGCGGCAGGGACCCCACGAACCGCUGGACGUCGGCGGCGACACGACGCGGCUCGCCCUCGACACGGUGGCCCUGUGCUCCAUGGGCUUCCGCUUCAACUCGUACUACCGCCAGGACCUGCAUCCCUUCAUCAAGGCCAUGAACGAGGUCCUGGACGAGGCCGGCCGGAGGGCGAACCGCUUCAUGCCGUCUGUGUUUUACCACUCGCACAACAAAAAGUUUAGGGAAAACAUCAAGCUCUUGCGCUCCACGGCUCGCGAGGUCCUUGAUGCGAGGAAGACGGAAAAUGGCCCGAAUAAGAGAAAGGACCUCCUCUCUGCCAUGCUGGACGGGGUAGACCCGAAGACGGGCAAGAAGAUGACCGACGAGAGUAUUAUCGACAACCUCAUCACUUUCCUGGUGGCGGGCCACGAGACUACAGCUGCAACUCUUUCUUUUGCCCUGUACAACUUGGCCAAGUUUCCCGAGGUGUCUCGCAAAGCCCAAAAGGAGGUCGACGAUGUGGUAGGGAAGGGUGCGGUCAAGCUGGAGCAUGUGUCCAAGCUCAAAUACAUAUCUGCACUCAUCCGGGAAACCCUGCGACUGAACGCACCCAUCACGGCCUUCGCAAGGGAGGCGGUCGGCGACCAGGUGCUGGGCGGCAAGUACCUGGUCAAAGACAAGACGCAGAUCGCAUGCUUCCUCACCAAGUCGCAAAGCGACCCCGUGAUAUGGGGCGCAGACGCCGACGAGUUCAAGCCCGAGAGGAUGCUGGACGACAACUUUGACCGGAUGCAGAAGAAGUACCCGCACUGCUGGGCGCCGUUCGGCACGGGCCUGCGUGGGUGCAUCGGGCGGCCGUUUGCGUGGCAGGAGAUGGUCCUGUGCCUGGCGGUGCUGCUGCAGAACUACAACCUGGUCAUGCACAACCCCUCCUACACCCUGCAGCUCGCGCAGUCGCUCACCAUCCGGCCCAAGGAGCUCCACCUCCGCGCCAUCUCCCGCGAGGGCCUCACGCCCGCCCAGCUGGAGGCGCGUCUGGCCGGCAGCUACACGAACGGCGUGCACGAUGCGUCUCCUGCGGGGGAGGCCGGGGCCGAACAGCCGGGCGCCGGGGUCAAAGCCGGCACCAAGAUGGCCAUAUACUACGGUUCCAACUCGGGGACUUGCGAGUUCAUGGCGCAGAGGCUGGCGUCGGAUGCGGGUUCGCACGGCUAUGUGGCUUCUGUGGACACUCUGGACGCCGCAAAGGAGGCCAUGCCUACGGGAAUCCCGGUCGUCAUCAUAACGGCGUCGUAUGAAGGCCAACCAACACAGAAUGCGUGCCAUUUUGUGAACUGGAUCCAGAAUCUGGAGGUGGGCAAGCUGAAAGGGGUCAAGUUUGCCGUUUGGGGUUGUGGUAGGUUUUUUUUUUCCCUUUAUUUCUUUUUUUUUUUUUUUCUUUUUUCUUUCCUCAACACCUCAGACCACACAAAGCCAAGCCGCCAAGCUAACCAGACACAACAAAAUACAGGCCAUAGUGACUGGGCCAAUACAUACCAAAAGAUCCCGGCGCAGAUAGACACGACGCUCGGCAAACUCGGGGCGUCUCGGAUCGUCCCCAUCGGCACCACCAACGCCAAGGACCGCGACAUGUUUUCCGACUUUGAGACGUGGGAAGACCAGACGCUGUGGCCAGCCAUCAGGGACCAGUUCGGCGGCUCCGGGACGGCCUCGUCCGCGCCCAGCGUGGAGGUGACCUUUUCGGCGCCCCGGGCCUCGAACCUGCGGCAGGACGUGCGCGAGUCGCUCGUCGUCGACGCCAGAAGCCUGUCCAAGCCUCCCGACGGAGACGAGGCCACGGCGGGCAGGGAAAAGCGCCACCUCGAGAUCCAGCUGCCAACGGGCUGGUCGUACACGGCCGGCGACUACCUGGCCGUGCUGCCGCACAACCCCAGGGAGAGCGUGGCGCGCAUCAUGCGCCGCUUCAACAUGGCCUGGGACACGUACAUGACCGUCAAGGCGGCGCAGGCCACGACGCUGCCGACCGGUGUCAGCCUGCCGGUUUCUGAGGUGUUGAGCUCGUAUGUCGAGAUUGGGCAGACGGCUACCAAGAGGAACAUCGCCGACCUCAGCCAGUUUGCCGACGAUGACGAGACAAGGGAAAAGAUCCUGCAACUGAGCCAAGACCGUUUUGAUGACGAGGUCCGAUCAAAGUGUGUCUCUGUAAUAGGGAUUCUGGAAAAAUUCUCAACGCUCCUCGUUCCUUUUGAGACCUUUCUGUUUAUGCUCCCGCCUAUGCGCGUGCGUCAAUACUCAAUAUCCUCCUCCCCGCUAGUCGACAAGGGCAAGCUCACCCUGACCUACUCGGUGCUCAACGCGCCAGCCCACUCAGGCAUCGGCCGGCACGUCGGCGUCGCCUCCUCGUACCUGUCGUCCCUGAUGCCGGGCGACAAGCUGCAGGCGUCGGUGCGGCCCGCAGCAGGCGGCUUCCGGCCGCCGCCCGACCCGCUCGGCACGCCCAUGAUCUGCAUCGCAGCGGGGACGGGCCUGGCGCCCUUCCGCGCCUUCGUCCAGGAGCGCGCCACCCUGCUCCUCCGGCAGCAAGCCAGGCAGACGCCCUCGGCGGCAAUGGCGGCGGCGGCGGUGGCGCCCGCCCUGCUCUUCUUCGGCUGCCGCGCCCCGGACCAAGACGACCUGUACCGCGACGAGCUGGACGCCUGGGAGGCCGCCGGCGCCGUGCGGGUCUACCGCGCCUACAGCCGGCGGCCGGACGCGUCGGGCGGCUGCGGGUACGUCCAGGACCGGCUGUGGCGCGAGAGGGACGCCGUCGGGGAGCUGUGGGGCCGCGGCGCCAGGGUCUACAUCUGUGGUGCGGGCAGGAUGGCCAGCGGCGUCAAGGAGGUGCUGGUCAGGAUCAUGCAGAGCGAGGGGGAGAGGACGGGGAAGCCCAUGUCGGCCGAGGAGGGCAUGGCGUGGUUUGAGAAGCAUCGGAACGAGCGCUUCGCUACUGAUGUGUUUGAUUAG